AUGGUGGAAUGGAAGAACUGGCAAAAAGUUUUGCACCCGGUAAACUACAGUACGGCAUUGGAGCUGUGAAGCGGGGUGGCUCCGGCAGUGCAAAGAUUGUCCUCAUUCACUGGCAAGGUGAAGGUGUUCCAUCGUCACGUCUUGUGGCAACAGCAAAUCAUGCCACUGAUUUGAAACGAUUUCUUCGCGGUAUUCACGUGGUUAUGAUUGCUCGAAGUGAAGAAGACGUGGAUAUGGAAAGUAUAUUACGUGUUGUCGGUAGGUUACCAGGUGUCAACGAAAUAAUUCCGACAACAGCCAGUUCGUCAGAGACAGCUGCUGGUCCAGCUCCAGUUGGAACUAACUAUCGACCGGUGAAAGCCAAAAAGUUAAUUAGUAGUCAGUUUAUUAAAUUGAAAGCCCAAGUUCGUCUAUGAUU